GUGAUCCGCCCGUCUCGGCCUCCCAAAGUGCUGAGAUUACAGGCUUGAGCCACCGCGCCCGGCCUCCAAGAACAAUUUUUGGGGAGGAGUGGCAGCACACUGAGGUGGCAAGUAACAAGAAGGUGGAGGCUGUGAGGACAGAUGGCUUCAAGAGUUUGACUGGAGGGGAGGAAGGGGAGACUAGAGGGACUUGGGGUGUUGGGAGGUAUCUAAAGGCAAGUGGCUUGUAAGUGCUUAAUUGCUGGAAAGUAGGGGGAAGGAGCUUGGAAAGGGAACAGUAGCAAAUGUGAAGGGGACUGCAGGGCAGUGUGAGCCUCUUGGAAGCCUAUUGGCAAUCACAAGAGGGUGGCAACAGUGCCCCCAAGUGAGGGCACUGAAGAGCAAGUCCAAGGUGAAGUGGGACAAGUAGAAUUGAGGCCUUCAAGUCAGGGUCUGUGCAGUCUGUAACCAGUCUUGGCACCACCAUUUCUGUGCAGGCCGACUGAAUCCAACUGACAGUCCCUGAAAAGGGCGAAGGCUCUCUUCUCUGGUCAUGGGGAAGGGUCUACCCAUAGACUUCUGGGAAGGCCAGAUGUGAGGUAGGCCAGGGAGUUAAUAGGUAAUGCCCCUAAACAGCUCUCAACCCAUGACUAAUGGAGAUUUGAGAAUGAGUACCUCAGCUCCCCUUGCUCUUGGGGGCAGCAAUAAUGUAAGGCCUAUGUUCUAUGCUGGCUCCCAGAAUCCCCAGCAGGAUUUGGUCCCAAUUGCCCACAGUGGUAGCUUGCUUGAUGACACUUCCUUUUUUUGGCUGCUUUCCUUGUCUCCUUGCCACUGCUGGUGUUUCUUGGCCUCACCUCCCAUACUAACUAUAUGCGUGUAUAUCUUUGUCCAGGUCUGCUUUGGGGGAACUAAGAUAAGCACUGUCCAUGAAAGAGGGACAAGGUAGUGAGCAGACACAGACAACUGCAAGGACCUCUUCCCACAGGUACCACUGACCUGUACAAAUGGGCCCCCAGCUUGAAGACUUAGCUAAUACUCUGAAUGCUCAGAAGAUAGGCAGGGCCAAGGUCUGGGCCUGAUAUAGGUGGGCCCCUGUCACACCAGUUUGCUCUUGCUUGACCCCAGAGUUGGUUAGAGGCAAGCCCAGGAUCCUAAACAUGUAUAGUAGCCCAGGUCUCUCAGGCCCUACAGGAUAAGGCCAGAGUGACCCACUUGGGAGGUCCCCUGGUCUCUGACUCUUCCAGCACAUCCUCUGCUCAGUAUCACUCCCUCCAGGAAUUCUCCCCACCCAGGUUUGUAGAAGGGUCGGUACUUUCUGUUCCUCCACCCCCGCUAGCCUCAGUGUACACUGUAAGACCUAUUCCUGCUUUAUGCCCAGGUAAGGGCGACCCCGCUGCCCCCACAUGACAGAGGCCCAGGCCAUGCCCCCAGUGGCCUCCAGGGGGCGCCGCCGGGAAGCCUGUCUUUGGGCUCCUGGGAGCUCAGCGGAGGUGGGCAGGCGCCGGCCCCCCAAGCCCUCGGGUUCGGCUGGCCUGCUCUACACAGCCUGCGCACCCAGGCUGGGUAGGGCUCAGAACUGCCCCUUGCCAUACACGUGUUGUGUCGCUCGCCGCUGCCUCAUUUCUACUCCUGCCCGAGGUCGGACGCUAAAUUCUGUCAGGCCCAAUGUCCACGUGUCCGUUUAUCUGUCCGUUUGCGUGUGACCGUGGAUCGGCACGCCCUGCUCCAGCUGCGGCAUGUGCAGGGUUAAGGCGGGCGGAGGUUUCUCUGAGUCGCAGGGGGAGGGGGGCGAGGGGCGGACCUGGCCCAGCCCCGCCCCGCGCCGGAGCAGUGCCGGAGCCCCACCAGAGCCCGACUUCAGCCCCAGCCAGAUCCAGCGUCAGCAGAGGCCGAACGGCGGACCCCUUGCCCUAGCUGCAUCGGAGCACCGGCGGGUGAAGGCAAGGUCCCUGGACUGGUCAUAUACCUCUUGUGGCCCUGGCAGAAUCAAGAUGAGGCCCUGUCAUGCCUCCCCAGUGAGGCCUACAGUCUGAGCAGACAGCAUGGUCUGCCAUUGGCAGUGAACACCAUGUCUGCAGGAGGUGGCCGGACCUUUGCUUGGCAGGUGUUCCCCCCCAUGCCCACUUGCCGGGUCUAUGGCACAGUGGCACACCAAGAUGGGCACCUGCUGGUGUUGGGGGGUUGUGGCCGGGCUGGACUGCCCUUGGACACUGCUGAGACACUGGACAUGGCCUCGCACACAUGGCUGGCACUGGCACCCCUGCCCACUGCCCGGGCUGGAGCAGCUGCGGUAGUUCUGGGCAAGCAGGUGCUAGUGGUGGGUGGUGUGGAUGAGGUCCAGAGCCCAGUAGCUGCUGUAGAGGCCUUCCUGAUGGAUGAGGGCCGCUGGGAGCGUCGGGCCACCCUCCCUCAAGCAGCCAUGGGGGUUGCAACUGUGGAGAGAGGUGAGUGGCGUCCCAAGGCAGGCACUUCAGAUGGUAUGGUGUAUGCUCUGGGGGGAAUGGGCCCUGACACGGCCCCCCAGGCCCAGGUAUGUGUGUAUGAGCCCCGUCGGGACUGCUGGCUUUCGCUACCCUCCAUGCCCACACCCUGCUAUGGGGCCUCCACCUUCCUGCAUGGGAACAAGAUCUAUGUCCUGGGGGGCCGCCAGGGCAAGCUCCCAGUGACUGCUUUUGAAGCCUUUGAUCUGGAGGCCCGUACAUGGACCCGGCAUCCAAGCCUACCCAGCCGUCGGGCCUUUGCUGGCUGCGCCAUGGCUGAAGGCAGCGUCUUUAGCCUGGGUGGCCUGCAGCAGCCUGGGCCCCACAACUUCUACUCUCGCCCACACUUUGUCAACACUGUGGAGAUGUUUGACCUGGAGCAUGGGUCCUGGACCAAACUGCCCCGCAGCCUGCGCAUGAGGGAUAAGAGGGCAGACUUUGUGGUUGGGUCCCUUGGGGGCCACAUUGUGGCCAUUGGGGGCCUUGGUAAGUCUCUAUGGGGCUGGGGAGAGGAGGGAGUCCCAAGACAGGCAAGAGUAGCCCCCAGCAUGUGUGCCACCUUCUGCCCAUCUCCAGGCACUCCAGGGGUCAGGGCUUUGUGAGCUCUUUUCCCUAUCUGUGAAGCAGGCAGGAUGUGGUCUCCCUGGCCCAGCACUCAGGGUGUUCCUCAGCGACUGGGGGCUCUGUCAAGCACCAGCAAGGGUCUACGAGACAGCAGCAGGAGAAAUGACCACUGUAUGCACAGUCAAGAGGACAUACAGAAACAUAAAUGAAUGAACAAAUGAUGAACACAGGCAAUGAAGAGCAAGGCACUGAUAGCUCAUCCUGGGGUGAUACCUACUGGGCUAUUCUCUGGGCUCAGGGAGCAAAAGGGCCUGGAGUCCCUACAGCCUGUGCCUCUCACAGCCUUCUCUCUCCUUCUUGCAGGAAACCAGCCAUGUCCUUUGGGCUCUGUGGAGAGCUUUAGCCUUGCAAGGAGGCGCUGGGAGGCAUUGCCAGCCAUGCCCACUGCCCGCUGCUCCUGCUCUAGUCUGCAGGCUGGGCCCCGGCUGUUUGUUAUUGGGGGUGUGGCCCAGGGCCCCAGUCAAGCCGUGGAGGCACUAUGUCUGCGUGAUGGGGUCUGAAGGCCUGGUGGGAGCUGUCCACUGGAGCAGCUCAUUGCCAGAGGCAGCUAUUUCUAUGGCUCCUUUUGCUGCUGAGGACACUCACUGUGGCUCUGUGGGAUGAGAGAGGCACAGGGGUGAGCACUUGAGACACUGCCUUGGGGCCUUGGGUUAGGGGAGCCUUUGCCUUUAGUGCAGGACACACAUAUGCUUACACCUACCUUUAUCACCAUUCUUUCAUGAAUCAUGCCUAGCUCCAUCCUUGCCCUGGGACCUACGAGGCCUUCCAUCCAACUGGGAAAUGGGGAGAAGGAAAGCUGGCCUCAUGUUCUUCAGGGUCAGUUCCUAUCUAGAGUUGACCAGGCCCACCCCAGUUGCCAUUCCUGAAAAAUCCCAGAUGCCAGGCUGCCUUUAGGGUCCCUGUAGACCCAGGAGAGUUGAGAGGGUGGGGGACACAGAGAAUAGAGAGGAUGUGGGACCUGCCAGAGGGCCAGAGUGCAGGAGUUCAAGCAGAGGAAUGCUGGCUUUGGGCCCUCUACACUGCUGGUUGUAUGACCUUGGACAAGUCACUUCACCUCUCUGUGCCUCAGCAUCCUCAUCUAUAAAUGGGGAUCUCUGAAACCUUCCUACCCUACCUACCUCACAGGGCUGUUGUGAGGACCCAGGGAGUUUGGAUGUGGAAGUAAAAGUGCUGCUAAAACCUA